AUGGCUCGAUGCCUUCUUCUAAUCAACACACUCGAUUACACCAUGAAGUGUGUCGGGUGGCAGCAAGACCAGAUUCUUCACAUUGAUCUAUCAAGAUACCCUCAUAUUCAGGAUAUUGACAUCGUGCCCACGCUCGAUACCUAUAAUUGGGGAUCCUAUACCUGGAAUGAGGUAGACUGGGAAUGGCAGGAUUAUGAUAGGAGGCGGACCUUCACCCCUCGCGGACUCAUCGUUGCAGUCGCCGAGUACUGUACAUACACAAAUUCCUGCCGGAAGGAGUUCUUCGGUCAGAUUUGGGCAUGUCCAUACGAGGAUAUGACGGAGUUUAUACCUUGCUUGUAUUGCGAGGGUACAAAGACUGAAGAUAUCGAAGACUUGGAAGAUUUCAUUAGGGAUGUGAAGUUUGUGCCGGUGAGCGACAAAUUGUAUUCGCCGAUGAAGUGGGAACAAUAUGCGGAUGAAGUAUUUUGUGACCCUGGCCUUGACAUUAAUAAAGAUGGUAUAGACCCCUUCCCCAAUAUAAGAGGUCGGGCGCAGGGAGACGCUACAAAAUCCUACCGGUACACGUACACCAAAUCCAUCAAAUAUCCAAUCAGCAACCCCCCUACCCCCAAUGCUACAGAAAUGCCUAGUGAUCCAACCCAGACAGCAGAAGACAGCGGUGAAGAGGAAGAUGAAGUUAAAUCUAUACCAAGAGAGGUCGCUGCCGGGACUACCAAGCGCAGAAAGGCUGCACCGGCAACUACAAGUCCACCGAAACCCACUGCCUCAAGCCCUGCAAAGAACGGCACUGGUAGAUACGCAGUCGUCGAUGCCAAUGUUUUGGGAUUACUAUCUGUAGUCGCGAUUCUACUUCUAGUUUAA